AACAUAGUUCUGUAACAGACAAACAAAAGUUAUCAUCUCUUACAAUCAAACGUGCAACGAAAAUCUUGCAAUUUAGGGGACGGAUUGUGAAAUUUCUUCGAAAUAUUCGCGACGUAGAGACAUGCUGUAAUACAUUAACUGCUAAUGAUGGCACGAUUCAAUUUUCUUAUGACCAGACAUAUGAGACUCGAAAUAUUUCCCGUUGGUUCAGGUUGAGGGCUGCCUUAUUUAUACAGAAUAAACAGCCCUUGCUUGCUUGUCGGCGCGUGAUCCGAACGUUCUACGUCGGUGUUCUUUUUCUAUCGUUUUUGAAUCGCCGCUAGCGUGUUAAUUAAACAAACAAACUGUGGCCGAGAUAGUGUUAAUCGGAUACGGCACAAGAAAAUCUGGAAAGGACGUGCGAGUCGAUGAGAAGAAGGAGGCGACGGAGGAGAAAGAGGCAGGAAUUUAGGAUCAUCGAAAGAUAUGGAGAAUAACGACGAAGCGCGCACUGUGGCUGAUCGUGCGUCGACGUCAAAGGAGGAACCCUUAGAAGCCACUGCUGAUGAUGAUUACGGCUGCGAGCAUUAUAAACGAAAAUCCAAAUUUGUUACACCAUGUUGCAACAAGGUAUAUACAUGUCGAUUCUGUCACGACAAAGAAGAGACUCAUACAGUAAAUAGAAAAGAAGUCACAGAACUGAUAUGCGUUUUAUGUGAUACUCGUCAGCCAGUACAAGCCACUUGCCAAAAUUGUGAUUGUCGAUUCGGUAAAUAUACAUGUCUCGAGUGUAAUUUAUUUGAUGAUGAGGACAAAAAUCAGUAUCAUUGCGAUGGCUGCGGAAUAUGUAGAGUCGGCGGUCGCGACCGAUUUUUCCACUGUGCCAAGUGCAACAUGUGUUUACCAGUUCAAUUACAAAACGGACACACGUGUGUAGAAAAUGUUUCUCAUGCAAAUUGUCCAGUUUGUCUUGAGGAUAUUCACACAAGUCGUAUACCUUGUCACAUUCCAAAUUGUGGUCAUUUGCUUCAUCGCACAUGCUUUGAGGAAUUGUUACAUUCAGGACAUUAUGCGUGUCCAACUUGCCAAGUAUCCCUUCUAGAUAUGACUGAUUUAUGGAGAUUUUUGGAUAUGGAAGUAUCAUCAACACCAAUGCCAGAAGAAUAUAGGGAUUAUAAGGUUGAUAUUCUGUGCAAAGACUGUCAUGAGGAAUCAACAGUAAAAUUCCAUAUUGUAGGUUUGAAAUGUUUGAAUUGUGGAAGUUAUAACACUUGCAGAGUUAAAGGAUCUCCUUCUCCAGGUUGAUAUUAAUUACAGAUCCAGAUACAUUGGACUAAAUAAUUAGUAUCAACAUUAUGAAUAAUGAAGAAAAAUUAUGCAGAACAUAAAAUUCUGAGUAUUACAACGGGAAAAUUAUGCAAUUCCCGUGAGAAAGUGUUGCUUUUAAGCGAUUGAGAAAAAAAAAGACAUUAGAAAAUGGCCUCUUUGGCAUUAUACCUCUUUAUUUGUUUUUAGUGAAUUUAUACAUCUUUGUUGAUUGUUUUCAGACUUUUUAUAGAUGUUAUUUUAUUAGGAGGCUGAAUAUAGUGACUGAAAAUGAUCAGCGCUUAUAUUUUUAACCAUGAGACAUCGAAAAUUAUUCAAUAAUCACGAUUUAAAUCGUGAAUUCAUUUUAAUUCAAAUUAUUAAGAAUAGUAGAUUCAUUUUACGAAAAUAUAUUAAUUAUUACACAUAAUGAUAGUAAUUCUAAAUGAAACAGUAUAUAAUAUAUUAUUGGCGAUUCUCAUUUUGUUAUCGAUUGGUGACACAAUAUGCAUGGUAUCACCCAUUUCUUAAAAUUCUUCUCGCGCUGUUAUUAAAUAAAAUUUAAAAUAGAAUUUUGAACAUUUCA